CUCUCAAAAUUUUCACCAUCCCCAAUUCUUCUCCUUCUCCCUAUCCUCUAAAAAUUCGUUAUUUUUCUCUCUCUAGAACUUGCGUUGACCGUUGACCGCGGUUUCUUUCUCUAAGGUUGUAACAUCAUGGCCACUGUCGAAGACCAGCCGGCUAACUCCUCUCUCCCACAAUACCCUGAGCUGAUAAUGGCGGCGAUUGAGGAGUUGAACGAGAAGGGUGGGUCCACAAAAUCGGACAUUUCGAGGCAGAUAGAGGCGGCGCACGGCGGAGAGCUGCCGGGAUCUCACGCCACACUGCUGACGCACUACCUCGACAAGAUGAAGCAAUCCGGGCAGCUGGUGUUGGUGAAGAACAACUACAUGAAGCCGGACCCAAAUGCGCCGCCGCGCCGGGGCCGCGGCCGUCCGCCGAAGCCGAAAGCGCCUCUACCGCCGGGGUACGUCCCCCCGCCGCCGCGUCCUCGUGGCAGGCCGCCCAAGCCGCGUGACCCGUUCGCUCCGGUGGUUUCGCCCAUGAAGAAAGCUUCCGCCGGCGGCGGCUCUGGCCGGAAACGUGGAAGGCCCCCGAAGUCCUCCACUCCCGCCGCCGCUCCCCCUCCAGCCAGCGGACCUCCGAGAGGGCGAGGCAGGCCGCCGAAGGUGAACCCGGCCGUGGCAGCCCCCGUUGGGGCUUGAUUGAAAUAAGAAAUAACUUCAGUGACUGUAGUGCUAAUCAUUCUCCUUAGAUUUUGCAUUUUAGUCCUUGUAGUUUUGGGUUAAUUUUAAUUGUAGCGCUUUGUUUUGUUACUGUAUGUGAGUCGGUGAAUGUAACUAGGGAUGCUGUAAAUUUGUAAGAGGCAAAUGAAGGUGGAGGCUUUAUAGGCCCUUCUUGUUUUACUUUCCUCUUUUUAAUUUAUUGGAGUGAUUUUUAUUUUAUUUU